CAGCAUCCAACUGCCAUGGCUGUAUGUGAACAGAGCGGCGAACCAAGACUCUCUGCGGAGCCUGAGUUUGGUCCCGACUUUGGCGAACCGCCAGAACAGGAACUGUGUGACGACGGAUUUUUGGACGAAGAGGACCCCUCGUUACCGUUGACCGAGGAUGAGAUCGGCGAAAUUUGCAAAUCACGGCCGCACUCCAUCAAGCUGCCAUAUGUAACCUUGGAUUUCAAAGAGGCUCCCUCUGAGGCCUUACCUACAACAAACGACCUCAUUCGAUUUCAAGAAAAGCGGAAAGCCGAUGUAUCGAAGUGGUCUCAUGCUAGGGGAUACAAUGUCACCGACAGCCGUCUCGAACCAGUCCCAGGUUUCAAUGUUUCGAGCCCAUACCUUUCGAAGACGCUUGAAGCCCUGACAUGCAUAUAUUACGACCAAAACAAGGGUUCAUUUUCUGCCUUAAACGCAUUCUAUCUAAGACGCGAGCUACUGCGAGCCGGACUAACACCACAACUGUGCAGGCAUGAACUUACUCUUGAGCUCAGAGAGGAUCCCGAGAACCCAGGCAUCCAGAAAACGCCGACUAUCCGACGCGUUCCCGUCCAGUGA